AUGACUAAAAGGAGGAAGCACAACACCGCGUCAGUAUGGGAGGCGAUAGCCAUACUUGAUGAAAAAUACGACAGGGAAAAGGAAUGCUUAUUCUACUUGAUACAAUGGGCUGGCAAAGACGAAAACGGAAACACUUGGAGUCCAACCUGGGAACCCGAUGUCAAUUGCGGAUCUGCUUUAAUAGACGAAUGGAAGGAGAGAAAAAAAAAAGGCGCCAACGAGCCAGGUAGUAGUAUUCAGGAGACAGAAAAUACAAUGGAAGCAACAGAGAGAAAAAGCGAAAGUGAGCGCACAUUGAUGUUUCCCAUGGAUUCAAGUACACGAAAAUCUGCAAGCUACAGCCCUCCGCUUGAACCUGCAAUGAUUACAGAGGGGAAUAAGAAAAAGAUAUCAAUCAUCAACCCAUCAUCAUCCGACAUUUUGUCAACCACAACCGAAAAAAAACAAAGAGCAGCACUCGACAAGCCAUCAUCGGUUCGUGUCAUUCACGUCAAUGGCGACUCUGAAAUCCAAGAAGAUUACAAGAAACCUGGUGAUUCUUCCACAUCUGUUAUUCACGUCGACAAUGAUCAUAAAGGUGAUGCUCAGCAAACUAAGGAUGUUCAGGAUCAGAAAGGAAUUCAAAAUGUAAGAGGCGUUCACAAUAAGACAAGCGUUUCAGGAUCUAGUGGACCUGCGUCUUCCUCUACAAAAUCAAAUAUGUGCAAUAAUUCAUCCUCAAAAAGUCUUGGUAAAAGGCCCGCUCUUCCGAUCGAGAGAACCGUUACUAUCUUCAAGUGUGAUCGUCGCAAAAAAAAAUAUAAAGCUCUUUGUGCGAAACUUGUUCUCGAAGAUAGCAGCGAUUCGUCUUCUGACUGUUCCGAACAGAAUGUAACCAAAUCACCAAUAUUGGAUGUUCAGUUUUCGACUAACAUAAACGAUAAUGGUUCUCAACAAUUUUGCAGGCUGAAUCUUCCAUCGCGAUCCGGUCGAUUAUUUAUCGCCAAAAAAAUCAGUCCGCAAAUUGAUCGGACAAUACCCAAUAAGAGAAGUAAAUCUGUUCAUACUCCUACUAAUACUGAUAUAGAAGAAAAUUUGUCUUCACUUAAAAAACCCCGUUAUGAGGAAUCAUAUGUCAGUGAAGAAGAGGAGACCAUUAUUUCGGGACAAGUGCUUACUGAAAAUCUAGUCAGGCCUCCUAUAGAAAGCGAUAAUGUUAUUAUGACAAGGACUUUACAUACUCCAGCAUCAUCAAAUAGCGAACUUUCAUCCUUAAAUGUUAUAAACGAUCCCAAAAUGCCAUUGCAAAGAUCAUCCGAUACACCACCAAAUACAUUAGAAACGCACGUUCACGAAACUAGCAACUCGAAAAAUCAUAAAUCAUCAAAUUCACCUUCGCAACAUAGAGCGAACACCAUGGAAAUUGUAUCCAAGGAUGGUAAAUCUCCUUUGUGCGCAAAUAAGGUGCAGUCACCUAUAGCACCGAGAAAUAAUACGGAAGAAAAAGAUUCCGUCAGCUUGCAAAAUCGGGUUACGAGAAAAUCAGAUGGCAAAUCAAAGAUUCAACCUCAGAAUUUACUCGAGAAAUCAAGAUUUCAGAGAAAAAAUUCACAUUCGUCGCCGAAGAAACCUACGGACUCUACGGACAUCAAUGACGUUGAACUUGAAGAUGAGGAAGAGGUUUACAUUAUGGAAUCGCAAUUGGUACCAUCGAAUGCGGCGGAACCGAAAAUUAACAAUUCGCUGGGUGCAAGUAGAUUAACCAACAGUCAGAACAAAUCGAUCAAUUCUGUACAGAAUAUUCCUGUAUCGUCUAAUGAGCAACAAAUGUCGGAAGAAAUAAUGCGACUGAAUGAAGAGAUAGAUAGACUCUCUAAAGAAAAUGUCUCUUUGAAGAAAACACAAGAGGCAGAAGAAAUAAUGCGACUGCAUGAAGAAAUAGAUAGACUCUCUAAAGAAAAUGUCUCUUUGAAGAAAACACAAGAGGAGCUUGAGCACACCAAAAAACUUCUGACUGAAACACAAAUAGAGUUAGAGGAGUAUAAAGCACAAGGAAAAAAUCUUUCAAAAGAUGAUCAAGAAAGCAAUAACUCAAAAAGUGAAGAAUUAAGCCGAAGCCAAUCAGAUGAUGUACCAGAGAUUAAUAUUGCACUUCAUGGUAUGAAGGAUUUUGUUAUUCUGCAGAAAUCUAUUCUUAGCACAUGUGGUCGCAUAGAAGAAAUAAGCUCAAAAUUUGACGAGUUGAGAAGCGAGCUAUAUAAAGUGGAGGAUUCACUUUGCAACACAAGCGCUGAAGUAAAGAAGGAAAGAUUGAGGAGAAAAAUUUUAGAAAAAGAAUUGGAACUGGCGAAAGAAACUUCCAUUAUUUCAAAGGAUACCAUCAAAUUCUUGUCUGAACUAAGCUUCUCAAUAGGGGGAUUAUCACUUGAAAACUACAAGGCUAAGGCUUCGAUAUCUAAUUCCACGGACGGCAUUGAUUCUUCCGUAAACACUCGUACAGAUUUCGAAAAUGCCAGUGAAACGAACGCAAACAUUAAUAUUCAAUAUUGUAGAGACUUUGAUAGAAGCCCAAAUAAUGUUGACAGUACAUCUGUGGAUGCUGGUAAUUCGCAGCACAGCUAUUUGGCUGGAUCCACUGUCGCGAAUAAAGCUAAAAGUAACGCGAAUAGUAAUAAUAUUAAUACGGCCUCGCCCGAUGUUGCUCCUAUGCAUGCAUUACUUUCGACUAUUUCAAAUGGCUCUUCUCCUGUUUCACCUACCGUUUCUACACCUCGGAGCAUGAAAAACGCUUCCACGCGCCGCAUAUUUACCGCCAUCAGCGGAUUUCCUUCUAUAUCGCCCACUCCUGAUCAAAAUUCAAAAGAAAAUAUGCAUGCAAUACAAACCACCUCGGCUUCACUUGUUAUCGAACCGCCAUCAUCAAAUAAAAUUUCAGCUCUGAUCAGGCGAUUGGACGAACCGUCUCAAAAUGGCGCCACGAAUUUAUCUCGUAGUUUGGGUGCUAACGCGGAACACAUAUCAUGUUCAAGAACGCAUGCAUCCGAAUAUUUUUGUUACUGGAAUCAUUGUAAUCAAUCAUUUAAAUCAAAGUUAACGUUGAGAUUACAUAUAAUUGAUGCACAUCUUGAAGAGGGUGCAAUCAAAAUAUUAAAAUCUCACGUUCGAGAAUUAAAUGGAUGA